GCCUCGCCCCGGGGCAAUGCCGUCCAUCCGCGCGCUCAUGCGCCUCGCCGCCCCCCUCCCGCCGCGCGCCGACGCGGCGGCGGAGGAGUCUCCCCCCUCCUCCUCCUCGUCGGCCUCGAAGCCCGCCGGCGCCGGGCGACGGUCCGUGCCGCCGCCGCCGCAGCAGCAGCAGCCGCAGGGCCGGGCGUACCCGCUGCGGGACUUCCCGGGGAGCGAGGCGGCCGCGCUGUGCGGCGCGUUCCGGGACAACGCCCGGUGGCUGCUGGCGCGGUGGGGCCCCGUCGGGGCCUCCCCGGGCCCCGCCGCGCGGCGGGCGUUCCUCUCCGACGACCGCACCGGCGCCCUCGUCCCCGUCGUCGCCGUCGAGGUGCUCGCCGCGUCCUCCCCCGCCCCGCUCUGCGACCUCUGCCGCUGCGCCGGCUGGAGCCACCACUGGGUGUCAAAACGGAGCUACCACUUCAUCAUCCCAGCGGACGCAGACUGGGACCGGCAUUUCGGCACAGACGCGCUGCUUGGGCGCAACGACCACCUCCUCCAUGGCCUCAUCCACUGCAAUGGCUUCGGCCACCUCGUCGCCCUCCGCGGCCGCGACGGUGGCUCGGCUUUCCUCUCUGGUCAUGACAUAAUGGAUAUCUGGGAUCGCCUCUGCUCUGCUCUCCGUGUCAGGGCUGUGUCUCUGGUGGAUUUUUCUCGGAAGCAGUCUAUGGACCUCCGCCUCUUGCUCGGCGUGGCGAAUGGUGAGACAUGGUUCACCCGCUGGGGAUACUGCCUUGCCAGGAGAUGCUUCAACAUGUCUACCUCCACCUAUGCCACUGCUUUGGAAUCUCUGGCUUCACUGCAUGUUGACCAUCUUCGCAGCCGACAUGUCCGUCGCGUGGUCACCAUCUACCGGCGCCUAUCCAACAAGCCUCUGAUGACUGUCCGUGAGUUCCUCCGCUGCCUCCUUGACUGGAAACGCCAUGAAGCACCCCUUACACCACCUCCUGUGAAGCCGUGCUCCCGGCUUCCCUUCCUGCUGCCGAAGCCGUGUACGAUGAAGAGGAGCCCGCCGUGCAAGCGGUUUGAGGAUGUGGUUGAGCGGCUCAAUUGUCGAUUUUCCAAGAAGCGUCUGGUCAAUGCCGCAGAGGUUGUUGUUGAAAAGCUGCUUGAGCAUGGAAAUGAUGCAGAGAUGACAAGGCAGGCAGUGCGAGAUGCUGCCAGGGUUGAAAUCGGUGAUACUGGUCUCCUCGACUUUGUCAUCAAGUCUGUUGGUGACACCGUUGUUGGCAACCAUGUUGUGCGCCGUCUGCACAACACUGCGACGCGUGUGCUCGAGUUCAGCCUUGAGGAACUGGAAGAGCCAGUGCAGAUGGAUGUUGAGGUACAGAACACCCGUCCUGCAGCACAGUGGCCGAGCGCAGUGGAUGUUGAGCGGGAUCUGCGUGCCGUCUACCGGGCAAUGGUGGAAGCGCUAAGUGACGCAGCACAGGCCGUGCUGGACUGCAAACACUGGGUGAAGUGCUGGGGCCUUGGGGAUGAGUCUGACGAUCAGCUAAGGUUCCUUGUUGAAUGGCGACCGCAACCUUGGGAAGCUGCUGAGCUCACACGGCCACUGCCGUCAGGGGAGAUCAUUGUGGUGCCAGUCCAUACAUCGAUAGGCGAGCUUAUCAUCCAGGCAGAGCAUGCGCUGAGGGACACGUACUGCUUCUUUGAGGAGUUCCAGGCUGAGACGCUCGAUGGCAUUACUGGUGAGAAGUGGGAUCCUGUGGUGCUUGGUGGGGCAGAGUCCGGGGACACAAUCGGCGUGCAUGGCCACGGGGCGGACAUGGAGACCGGGCUACGAUGCCAGGGCGGGCUUGACACGUGGGAGGUGAGGUGCGUGUGCGGUGCGCAGGACGACGACGGCGAGCGCAUGGUGGCGUGCGACGCUUGCGAUGUAUGGCACCACACCCGGUGUGUCGGCAUCGCGGACAGCGAAGCGGUGCCGCCAUUGUUCCUGUGCAUACUCUGCGGCGGCGCGCUCCUAGCAGCCGGCCCGAUUCUGGAGGAGGCACUAACGCUAGCCAAGUGACCAUUAUUUCUCUUUCAACUGCUGCUCCUGGGUUCAUGAUGCUCACUGAUGGCAGUCUGACGAGGUAAAACCGGCUGUGAAUCCUUUUUCUCUUGUGUAAAGCGCGCUGUUGUGGUAUGAUUGGUACUUCAACUCGGGUGUGGUAAUGUUGGUACAAGUCAGAAGUUAAUGUGUAGAAGUAGUAGAUGAUGAUGAUAUGAGGGGAUCAGUAGACAGUAGAUGGGGAAGUAGCUAGCCCCAUCCAAUCCAUGUCGGUUUGCAAUCCGGCUGGAAAUUUUGUUAGUACCUGAUGCAUCACAGAAGAUGAUAUAGCUAGCUAGAUGUACAUACAUGUUCUGUGAUUGUAUCCUGUAUACUGUCUCUGAAUCCCUCCCAAGUAUUAUAUACAGACAAAUAAAGCCAUAUUAUGCUGGUGUGCUGUUGGUUU